AUGGCACAAGACAACCAGCCGUCAACGAAACAUCCUAAUCGUACGUGGACUGCGGAUGAGGACAAAGUCCUUGUUGAGUGUCUCAUUGACAUUGGGUCAAGUUGGAAAGGGGAAAAUGGAUUCAAUCCUGGAUUUUCGCUUGCAAUAGAGAAGCUCAUGCACCAAAGGAUACCUGGAUGCACACUCAGAGGUAUUCCUCACAUCACAUCACGGGUUAAGUUGUUAAAAAAACACUACAACGCCAUUGCUGAAAUGGUAGGGCAUACCAGUGGGAGCGGGUUUGGGUGGAAUGAUGCAAAGAAAAUGAUAGAUGUGGGGAGGGAAGUAUUCGAUGAUUGGGUUAAGAGCCACCCAAGUGCAAAAGGGCUUUUCAAUAAGUCAUUCCCCCACUAUGACAGUUUAGGUACAGUCUUCGGAAAAGAUGUUGCAUCCGGAGUUAAUGCAGAGGAAGCUCCAGAAUCUAUUGUAGGUUUGGAGCGAGAGGCCACUUUGAAUGCAGAGAGUGGGAUUGCCUUUCAAGACUAUCUGGACCUUACUGGGGACUAUAUACCCACACCGUGUGUCGAUACUACAAUGCCAGACAUCGCAGCCGAUGAGGUCUCCCCACCAUCUCCAGUGUCAACUGCUACUGCAAGGAAGGAAAAAAACGACAAAGAAGUGAAGAUCCAAUGGUUGUAG